UAUCCUUUCUUAAGUAGAGUUUGGGAUACAUAUAAUAAAUUUGAUAAAUCUGUGGAAACAACUGAUGAGGGUUACUCGAACUAUGUUAAUGUGUGCGAAACAAAAGCAAAAAAUUAUAUUGACACAAGUAAUCACAAAGAUUUUUGUAUGAAACUUGUGAGAAAUUUAGGGUGUUAUAGUUUUGAUCGUACAUAUUCCCAACUUUAUGAUGAUGAUUGUAUUAUUUUAUACUAUUGGAUAUAUAAUUCAGUAAAACAACAUAAUAUUAAUAAUAAACUUAUUACUGCAAUUUUUUAUGAUAAUUAUAGUAAAGCGUGUACGUACCUCAGAAGAGCUAAAUGUUUUUAUUAUGAUUUUUAUUACGAUAUGUUUGAAGAACCAGUGUACAUGGUAUUCUUAGAAAUUUUCCGAGAUAAUAUAUAUACUAUAAUAAAUACGUUGAAAAGUGAAGAUAAAGAAACUAAUGAUAAGUUGCAAGAGUAUGCUUGUAAUUGCAUUCAUAUAUAUAAAAAAAUGAAUGAUAAAUAUUGCGUUAAAAAACAUUAUGAUGAUCAAAAGAGUUCACUAACUUGUAGCAUAUUACGUGCAUUUAAGCAAACAUAUGAUUCAUAUUUUGCUAGAGAAUUAUACAAUAAGACACAUAUUAUACCAGACAUAGAUGAU